UUCGUCUUCUACUCAAAAUCAUCUGGUAAUCAUGGUUGCUGUGACUGCAGUGCCCGCUGCUCCAACAGUCGCACAUUUGGUACUCUCCAUCCCGCGUACGUUAGCGGUGAAAUCAUCUUCGUUUGUGACACCAUGUUCGAACUGCAAAUCGAAAAUGGGCACAUAUCCUCUGCAGAAAAAGCACACUGCGCCCGCAAGCAAGCUCGUAGUUCGAGCUGCUAGAACAGAGUCCCAAGGGGUCUCGCUUGGCUUCAGGGCCCCCGAUUUCCAGUUGCCAGAGCCGCUGACUGGGAAAGUAUGGCAAUUGGAGGAUUUUGAAGGACAUCCAGCUUUAUUGGUAAUGUUUAUCUGCAAUCACUGCCCAUUUGUUAAACACUUGAAGAAGGAUAUUGUGAAGCUUGCGAAUUUUUAUAUGAAGAAAGGACUUGCAGUUGUUGCAAUAUCUUCAAAUUCGAUAGCUACUCAUCCACAGGAUGGUCCACAGUUCAUGGCAGAAGAGGCGAAAUUGUUUAAGUAUCCUUUCCCUUAUUUAUAUGAUGAGUCACAAGAUGUUGCACGGGAUUUUGGAGCAGUUACCACGCCUGAAUUUUUCCUGUUUAGAAAGCUUAUAAAUUGUUUUGCCGGACCUUUUAACCAUGGUAAUUUAUUGCACGAAUCACAGCAUGGUCGGAGACCAUUUGAGCUGGUAUAUCAUGGACAAUUUGAUGAUUCCCGGCCUAGUAAUAAUGUGCCUGUCACUGGGAGGGAUCUAAGCGUGGCUAUAGAUUGUGUUCUCAGCGGCCAGCCUGUAUCAACUAUUCAGAAACCUAGUGUGGGAUGCAGCAUAAAGUGGCAUCCAGAGGCAAAGUAGUGACUUAUUAGUCGAUUUUAGUUUUCUCAAAAGAUCAUACGCUGAGUGUAAACUGUAAACUUUGCUGUCAGGUAAGCUGCUUUUUUUAUUAAAAGAAAAAUUCCCUAGAUUUUUAAUCCAUAAACAGCUUUGUAAAAUAACCCUUAAUUUUAUUUAAGGUAUGGUCUAAUUAUUUCA